AUGGUAUACAUUGAAAACAAGCAUUACUACAUCUUUGAACCAACACAUCUAAAAUCUGGAGAGGUUGUUAUACCUACUUUCUUUUUCAAGGCAAACAGAUUGCUUUAUGCUAAAUGCUGUAUGCCCCAAUACAAGGCCACAGAGUCUGGGAAGGGUCUCAAAAUUGUCAUCCCAGAUGACAUCAAAUUCAGUGACCGUUUGCUCACCACUGUUGAUAUCCAAGAAUUUGAUGAAAUGUACUCUGAAUUGUAUCUUGAUAACCAUUCAAGUUUGGCAGACAAGUGUGGAGGCAAGAUGUUUGAAGAUCAAAAUGGUCAGGAAUUGGAAAUUGCACUUCCCAAUCCAUGGAGGAAGAAGGCACAGGGGAAAAUCAUCCAACAUGUCCCCAUUACUCUUUACUCAGAUGAUACAUCGGGUAAUAGUUCCAAGCAAUGGAACAAGCAUAUCUCAUUCUAUUUCACCUUAGCUGGUCUCCAUCCACACCUGACUAAUCAGGAAUACCAUUGUCACUUCCUGGGUACCUCCAAUGGGGCUGGAGUGCUUGAAUUGGUCGAUUUGGCCACAGAUGGGCAUUUUGCUUAUGAUAGCCUCCUCAAGCAGGAUGUACUCAUCAUGAGUGUUAUCAUGGCUUUCAUUGCAGAAUCUCCCAUGCAUGCGGAGAUUACAAGCACCUCCCUCCCAGCAAAUGCCAACAGCCCUUGUCGGGUUUGUCUGUUGUUUGUUGCCAAGAAGGUUGACAAAUCCCUGAAAGGCUAUGUGACAGACUUCAUGGGGUUAUCUGAUGGAUUGCGCCAGCCCCGACCUAGGAAUUGGGAAGAAACCAAAACCCGCUUGCACCAAGCCUGGAGGGACUCCAAAAAUAAGGCCAAGACCAGUUACGAUGAGGAAACCAAAAAAUUUGGCUUAAAGGACAACAUAAAUGUGGAAUAUUCCUGUGGAGAAGUACCACCAGAGAAACAAACCCGGUCAGAAGGAGGCAAUCAACGAGAUUGA